UCAAACAAAAACAGCCAAACGUCAAGCUCGCGAAUCCAAAAUAUUUGCUGAAACAACGUCUUACAAACUGGAUGUUAACAUCAAUAGUGCAAAUUAACUCAGUUCUAAAAUAUUCAUAUCGUAAAAUAAGUGUCUAAAACAAGUUUACAUUUGUUUGAGACAAAAUGGGUGAUAAAAUGCAGGAUGAUGACGGUCCAUCUGAUAGCAGUUUAUUAGUGAUUAUAGUGGAUACUAAUCCAAAUCAACGAUAUAUCACUGAAGACCCGAAAGUUUUAACUGGGUGUUUAGAUGCGGUGAUAGCAUUUGCUAAUUCGCACUUGAUGCAGAAAUCUAGGAAUUUACUGGGCGUUAUAGGAUGUCACUUUCAUAAAAGUGAAUAUCUUUACCCGUCUCCAGGCAAACCUCUGGAUGUAAGACAGAUAGAUGGACAAUAUGAACUAUUUACUUUAGUAGAGAAAACUAUUAAAAUGAGAUUGGUGAAUUUAAUAAAAAGUCAACCUCAAGAAGAUAAACCUGGAGAAUCUUUACUGGCCGGAGCUCUUGCUAUGGCACUUUGCUUCAUAUCUAGGAUGCGUCGUGAAGCAACACCUGGUCUCCGAAUGAGUAGUCGAAUUCUGAUAGUAACAGGAAGUUCUGACACCGCUGCUCAGUAUAUUAAUUACAUGAAUGUCUUCUUUACAGCACAGAAACAACAAGUAUUGAUAGAUGUGUGUUCUCUUGAUAAGCACUUAAGUCUGUUACAACAAGGAUGUGACAUCACGGGGGGUUUGUACCUCAAAGUGCCUUCACUUGAAGGAUUAUUGCAAUACUUAUUGUGGGUAUUCCUGCCUGAAGCAUCAGAACGUAACGAGCUAGUACUACCUGGGAGAGGUAGAGUGGACUAUCGCGCAGCUUGCUUCUGCCAUAGAGAACUACUGACUAUCGGAUAUGUCUGCUCUGUUUGUUUAAGUGUUUUCUGCAAAUUCAGUCCAAUCUGCACAACGUGUCAUACCGUAUUUAAAAUUGGCGGACCUCUACCGAUUAAGCCUAAAAAGAAGAAGAUGAAAGUCUGAAAAGAUUUCUAAUA